CGGGACAGCGGCGUGAGCCCCGAGCCCCCAGCCCGGCCCGGCCCCGCUCCCCCAUCCCGAGCGAGCCCCGCGAUGCUGGCGCCGGGCGGGCCCAGCCCCGCGCUGACCUGCGGGGCCGUGAUGGUGACCGCCGUGCUCCUGCAGUCCGUCUGCGUGGCCGUCACCUUCCUCUACUUCACCAGCGAGCUCAAACAGCUCCAGGACACGUACUCCAACAGCGGCAUCGCUUGUCUCACCGGGGAGGAAAUCGGAAAUUCCAUCCAAAACUUGGAUGAAAUUGAAAGCGAAGACAGAGAAGCUGAUCCCUGCUGGCAAGUAAAGUGGCACCUGGGAAAGUUAAUUAAAAAGAUGAUGUUGAAAAGCUACGAGGAAAACAUAUCUGCAAUCAACGCUGAAAGAACUCUGGCACUGCCACACACCGACAGGCAGCAGCCACGUGGUCCCAUCCACAGGGUCGCGGCGCAUCUGACGGGCAGCAACAACAGGAGGAGUUCCCUGUCCACACGCUUAGAUCUCUUGCCCAGAAGGGGGAUCGGACAUAAAAUAAACUGGGAAUCAUCAAGGAAGACUCACUCUUUCCUUUACAACGUGGAGCUGAGAAAUGGCGAGUUAGUGAUACCCCAGACGGGCUUUUAUUACAUCUACUCACAAAUUUACUUUCGCUUCCGUGAAAAUGAGAACGAGGAUUCAGAUGUGUUGGGACAAAUCAGGAACCCCAAACAGCUUGUCCAGUACAUUUACAGACAGACUAAUUACCCUGAGCCCAUUUUGCUCAUGAAAAGUGCAAGAACAAGCUGCUGGUCUAAGAAGGCGGAAUAUGGACUUUAUUCCACCUACCAAGGUGGUGUGUUUCAGCUGAAAAGAGAGGACAGGAUUUUUGUCUCUGUCAGUAACAGCGACUUAGUUGACAUGGACAAAGAAGCAAGUUUUUUUGGAGCCUUUAUGAUCGGCUAAAAGACAAAAAUCAUGCCUCCAAAGGAUCCGAUUUUCCUAUUCAGGACCCCUGCCCCACCAGUCUGGGGAUGUGAGAGGGUUUCACACCCCACAGAUGAUACCUUUGGCCACAACCCCAGGCAGGUAAGAGAUCACCACCAGCAGAGAUGCUCCACAGCAGCUCACCUGCAGCAGGUGGGAUGGCGGAUGUUCCAGGUCCGGUUACUCAAGGCUGAGACUGGAUAUCAGAUUCUACUUGUGGUCUCCACUGUGGGACCCUGUCUUGAAUAUCUCAGCUCCUGUAUGGAGCCUUCAUAAAUACUGCUUCCCAAGUGCCCGUGGAAAAAAAAAAAAAGCUUUUGUUUGAACACGAGUUUUACAGAAGUUUAAAGACCAUCAGAAAAUCAGGCUGCACAUCUUCAUCUCAUCUUUCAAAACACUUGAGCACCUAAUUCAUUUUAAGCACAUGAACAGCCUGACUAAAGGUAUCCACAUGCUUAAAAUUAAGUAUUUGCUUAAGUGUUUUUUUAGGAUCGUGUCUUGAGUAAACACAUUAGUCUUGUCUUAUUUAGGAUAUUGUACGUAAAAACAGCUGCUGAAAUGGCAUAGAAGAGCUUUUGAAAUCAAUCUGUUUCUUGAUCAAUGUAUUGUAACAGUGACUAUUUACUUAAUUACUGUGCUGCAGACAUUUCACCAGGCUUCCAAUAAGUUCAGUAAUGUACUGGCUGUUGCACUUGUUGACAGCAAGUACUUGAUCCAGAAAAAAAAGUGGUUUUUUGUAAAUAGUGAAUUUUAUGAGAAAUUUGCCACAAAUUAAGCAUGACGUGGUUCUUCCAUGUUUAUUUGUACUGGCCUUAUUUAGUAGGAUGUAAUUCAGAAUAACACACCCCAAUGACUAACAUUUUUAGGAAAACAGGCACAACUAUCCAUACUUAAAUGCUGCUUUUUAAAGUAAUGCUGUUAUGAUUUGGUUCUGGUGGUUUUUUUUGGGGGGGUGUUGAAAUUUUUUCAUAGUUUUGUUAAAUAAUUUUUUUAAAUGACCACUAUAUUCUUUUAACUCUUCGAGAAGAACCGUUCUAUAUUACAGAGAUUUGAAAGUUCAAGUUCUAUGGGCUGGAUUCACAGUGUGAAAUUACUAAUGUAAUCAGCACAUCUGCAGCAUUGUCAGAGCAUCUGGAGCAACAGCAAUUUGCACCAUGAGUACAUAUUUUGCCCAGAUUCACAGAAAAAAGGGGGGAAGAGAAGGUAAAAAAAAAAAAAAAAAAAAAAAAAGGAGGAAAAGGAAGACAGUUCUGCAAAUGCCACUUUACAUCAACAGAGUGAUGCCAGUGUAAAGUCUGGUUGUCUGUUUUGAAUGCACCAAGGUUGCCGUGGGAACCCUCACAUUCACCUGCACGUUCUGGUAAUCAAAUCCCCGAGCAGCCCCUGCACAUGGGCCCCACGAGUAAAGAUGCUCGUUCAUCCUACUACUCAGUCAACAAGAGGAAAUUAAUAGACACGAGCCCCUGCGUUUAUUUUGCCAUUCAGAAAAGAAGCUGUGUUGGUUGACUUAAAUACCUCUGUUGGAGUAGCAAAAGAGGGAAUUUCAGGGAUAUCCUCCUUUAGACAGGUUAGGGCAACGAAGCACACCACUGUAAGCCUGAAAUAAAGAGUUGUAACUUUUGCCUGCUGGUUUAACAGUGUCACACACACUGUUUUCAGUGGUAAGCAAAUAUGUGAAAUUCUUCACCAUUUACUGAUACGCUUUGGUUUGCCUCCUUUUGAAAUCAUCUGUUGCGACAGAGAACAGAAAAUAUUUUUGCGGUUUUCUUUCUGAUUUCAGUAUUUAAUUCAGGAAUUUUCUGCCUGCCAGAAAAGGCUGGGAGAACAGAGCCAUUCCCUGCAUACCUGUAUGUCUGCUGUCUUGGAGAAAUGACUUUUGUAGGUUCUCCUUGCAAAUGGACAGAGCCUUCCAAUCUCAGCACCGGACUGGCCCAUGUUGUCAGGUUUGAGGUGGUUUUUUUUGAAAUUUACUAUAUUAAUAAUUUUAAAUUUUUUUUUAAAGACAUGCUUUUUUUUAGGAACUUAUUUGAAUAGAAAUUUAUUUGAACUGUGAAAAAGUAUUUCAGAUUUACUGGUGGCAGCUUACAGUCAGAAACCCUACCCAUGGCAAAGAGCCGAUCUGUGUAAUGUGGAGUCGUGGCUGCUAGAUGGGACUGGAAGGAUUCCAUGGGGGACUCCACAAACCUGCAGCUGAUGCUAAGACAUACUAUUACAAACAGAUUUUCUUGCUCCAUGUACUGUCCUUAACUCAAUUUUAACACCAUGUCUGCUGUCACUGGGGAGAUGCUCCCUGGCUUUACCUUCCUUUGUUACCUAAAUGUACAUCUUUGUGGUCUCUGCGUGCAGAGCAUAGCACAACAGGAAAUACAGAUAGUCAUUGGAAUAAUCCAAAAGCAUGCUUGACAGAUAUUGUCUUGGUGGGUCGUUAUCAAGGAAUAUAAGACAGGACACGUGUGAAGAAGAUUGGAAAAACAUAGUAAGUUCUUUUUGUAUCGUAUCCUGAAUCAUGCCUUUCAUCUCAUUUUAUGUUGGAAUAGCAAAUGUAGCAAAUUUUUUAUUUGUGGCUGUGGGUUGCAUUAACGUAUGAAUAUUGUAAAUUUUUCUAUAUGCUUUUUAUA